ACCUGACUGAGGUUUGUUAUCCAAUGUGUAGCUGCUACCGAUGCUCGAAUUGAAAUAGUAAUUUCCAAUUUUACACAAACAUCAUCUUACAAUUACACCUACACCGACCUACACUUCUUAUCUAUUAAGAUAUGAACGUGUCGUAUUUGAGAAUUCCUAUAUUUGCCGUAAAUUGCACGGUCUAUGAAGGAAAACGCCUUCAGGCACCAUAAGAUCUUACGCACACUCUUUCUUUUUUCUCUCUCUUCUUGCUUCUUUUUACCUCUAGACAUUAACAAGUUAGGCACCUAAACCCACGACGAUAUUCCCUAUCACCAUUGAAUUAUGUCUUCUUAUCGUCCAACGUCGCCCAAGAUCCCGACUGCUCACCAAGGACUCGACUUCGAUUCGGAUUCUGAUGCCGCUGCACAUGCUAUAGAAAGUGAUUCAGAAUCCAAUGGCCAGGACCAUCACUCUAGUGAUAGAGAAGACAAUGUUGGGACAGGUACACCUGGAUAUAAAGAAGACGUAUCUUCCCCCUCACUAGAAGAUGGAAUGUUACCGCGGGAUCGCCCCAGAAAAACAACGUUCCACGACGCCGUGGCUGAGCGGCAGUUAACUCAGGCCGACGCCAAACUUUUCUACCAAAGAAGCCAGUUAGACCAGUUAAAGACCGAGGGCAGUAACUGGAGUCAAACUCAAAAUACUCCUCAUGGUAGUCCUGUAGCUUCUACUGGUCUAGCGGCCGCAAAACUAGCCAUUGAGGUCCCGAGCGCUCGCUCUCAGUCCAACUUGGGCGCCAAUCCGACUUCUGCACCUCUAUCUCCAAUUACACAGGGCUACAAUUUCCCCCAUAUUGCUGGCUCCUCCACUAGCAGUCGUAACCUUGACACGGCGCCUCGUACUGCCACACGACCAGCUUUAGGUGGCUUUGUCGGUUCUGGGCCAACCAGUCACCCGCGUGACACUCCCCAAGAACGUGGCGGCGGAAUAAAUCUACAACCUAAUAUGGGCCUUCCAGAUGGAGGUUCAUCUGGCGUUGCCAGUGGGAUUGCUAGCAAUGAUCCGCACAUCGUCGCCGAAUUGAGCACCAUUUUCCAGAACAUACAAAAGAUUUUGGACAUUCGCCACAAAUAUAUUCGCUUGUCAUUACAGCGGGACGGCGACAAUCCCAAGGAUGACCCAGGCUGGGAUAUCUACCCUCCGCCUCCGGAACCGGCAUGGGCUGAAGCCCAUAUGAACCAUGAUACUCACGGGGCGAAUACUGGGAAUAAUAGUAUGAACAAUAGCACUAUUCUGCCCGCUCAGGCUGGCAAUUCACGUCCCGAUGAUGUUGGAUCCACAAACACGGAAACUUCACGUAGGAGAAUACUGAAGAAACGUAAACCUGGUUUCGACAUCGGAGAAGAUUUUGAUAUAGCAGAUCUCCUACCUCUUCCCCAGGAGAGUGAAUUUGUUUUUCGCCUCGAUGAGAAUGGCGUUUAUCAAGUGUUCGAAAACGAGGCAGCUAGUGAAGCCAACACGCCCGUAGUCGGGGUUCCGACGAUCAAAGAUUUCUACAUGGAUCUUGAAGAAAUCUUAUCCACCUCAUCUGAUGGGCCAAGCAAGAGUUUUGCUUUCCGUCGGCUCCAAUACUUAGAGGGCAAAUUUAACCUCUACGUCCUCUUAAAUGAGUACCAAGAGACUGCGGACACCAAGAAAGUCCCUCAUCGGGAUUUCUAUAAUGUCAGAAAAGUCGAUACGCAUGUUCAUCAUUCUGCUUGUAUGAAUCAGAAGCAUCUUCUCCGAUUCAUUAAAAGCAAGAUGAAGAAAUGCCCCGAUGAAUACGUGCUCUUUAGGGAUGGUAAGAACCUCACUCUUAGAGAAGUAUUCGAGAGUAUCAAUUUGACCGCAUACGAUUUGAGUAUCGAUACUCUUGACAUGCAUGCUCACACCGAUUCUUUUCAUCGCUUCGACAAGUUCAAUCUCAAAUACAACCCAAUCGGCGAAUCACGACUACGGACCAUCUUCCUUAAAACAGACAACUUCAUUCAGGGUCGAUACUUAGCAGAAAUUUCCAAGGAAGUUAUCUCCGAUCUCGAGUCCAGCAAAUACCAGAUGGUAGAAUGGCGAAUCUCAAUUUACGGUAGAUCCCUAGAUGAGUGGGAUAAACUUGCCACGUGGGUCGUCGACAAUAAGUUAUUUUCACAUAAUGUUCGCUGGCUCAUCCAAAUUCCCCGUUUGUAUGACGUCUUCAAGGCUACCAACUUGAUGGAGUCCUUUGAACAAGUUGUCAAGAAUGUAUUCCAACCCCUUUUCGAAGUCACUAAAAACCCAGAGAGCCAUCCUAAACUUCACAUCUUCCUGCAAAGGGUCAUUGGUUUCGAUAGCGUGGACGAUGAGAGCAAAGUCGAGCGACGGCUCUAUAAAAAGUUUCCUGUGCCGAAGGAGUGGGAUUCUAAACAGAAUCCUCCUUAUAGCUACUGGAUUUACUAUCUCUUCUCUAAUAUGACGUCGCUCAACUUUUGGCGCCACCAGCGUGGUUUCAACACGUUCUUGCUCCGGCCACAUUGUGGCGAAGCUGGUGAUAGCGAACAUUUGGCUGUCGCUUUGCUAUGUAGUCAUAGUAUCAGUCAUGGUCUGCUUUUGAGGAAGGUACCUCUCCUGCAGUACAUCUUCUAUCUCGAGCAGAUUGGUAUUGCUAUGUCACCACUCAGUAACAAUGCACUCUUCCUGGCCUACGAGAGGAAUCCGUUUUAUCAAUAUUUUAGACGUGGUCUCAACGUCUCACUUUCUACCGAUGAUCCUCUCCAAUUUGCUUUCACCAAGGAGCCUUUGAUGGAGGAAUACGCCGUUGCGGCGCAAAUCUACAAAUUGAGCCCGGUCGAUAUGUGUGAGCUGGCCAAAAACUCAGUAAAGCAGAGCGGCUACGAGUAUUCUGUCAAACAACAAUGGCUGGGGGAGAAAUUCAAUCUGCCCGGGAAGGAUGGAAACAGUAUGGUUAAGACUAACGUUCCGGACCGAAGAGAGGAGUUCAGGUACCAUACCUGGGUUGAGGAGCAUCGCAUGAUCUCGAGUUACACAUCGACAACUGAAUUGAACGAAGUAUUUGAACAUCAUCCGGCAGCCGCCACGAAUGUUAAUCCGGCGUCACCUACCUCGUCUGUUAAAGUAAAUCUUACCGGUGUUGUGACUCCGGCUGAUUCCAAGUCCAACGCAUACUUGGGUGUAGCGAACAAUGAAGCUCGAUUACCGCGUUCGGGAUCACAGGUCGAGAUGAACAGUCCUCAUCUUGAUGCCCAGAUCGGCGGGACGUUUCCUCCUUUAGGACCCCCGCAUGAAUCCUGGCUUCCCGAAGGUCUUCGCGAAACGCAUCUCUCCGGAAACGAGCCUAGAUAUAUCCCAGGUAUGGUGGCGAGGGCUUCAAGGCAUGGCAGUAUGCACCGUAGCUCCGUGCAUGAGAGUGAUGAUGUAGGUUUCCUCCGUGGUACCCCUAAGAAGGGUACUGGAGGAAGAGAGGAGCCGAACUAGAUGAUUGACUUCCAUCCGAUGGCUGCAUGCCGACGAAACUAGAGUCUAUGGGAUAUACAUCAGAUGGAGGAGGGUUUUGCUUUUUACUUUUGAUUUACUUAACUGCUAUAAGGGGGGGGAUUAGAAAUUGAGACACAAAUUGGGUUGGCAUAUUGGAGCAAUACUUAGAGUCUGCCAGUGAGUACACACAUCUUAUAGGUGGUUUCAAAUAUAAAAUGGUGAUAUUAAAUGGGUGUGAUAUCUGAUUUGCAAUAAGUGACUCUUUGGCUUUACGUCAUAGUUUGUAUUUUAUAUAUCUAUGCAUAGGUAUCUAUUUAAGGGGGUAUUUUUUUAGUGGCAGGAACGUGUAAGCAAAGCAAAGCAAGGAUGC